ACGUCAUGGUCAGAUUGCGCAUAUUCAAGGCUCUAGACUGGCUAGUGACAGGGCCCUUCCUCUACUGUAAGGCUGGUCUGUGGUAUAUAAACCACCGAUAAGCUUUGCUCUUACUGUAACAACACUACUAAGCCCCUCCAUCAACUAAACUCUACAACCCACAACACACAGCAAACCACCUUCACCAUGGCCCAGUUCAACAUUACCCUCAAGAAGGACGCUCCUCAGGAGCAGCUCGAUGCCGCCAAGAAGCACGUCACCGACCAAGGCGGCAAGAUUGUCAACGAGUUCACCUUGAUCAAGGGCUUCACUGCUGAGAUCCCCGACGACGCCGUCACAACCCUCGAGUCCAACGAGCACGUCACCGUCGAAAAGGACGCCGAGGUCCGUACGCAAUAGUCGUCUCCCCAGAGCGAGGCUGAUGGCAAGACAAGAUUCAGAUGUAAACAUGAGAACAUGAUGGUGUAAUGCAUGGCUAUGACACCGGGGUAUAUAGAUAGCACCGAUGAAAGACAUCCAAACCCACGUUACUAUCUUUGUUUCCUCUUUGCACUCUCUGCCGCCUCUUCAACAUUCUCCACCCUUCCCACACCCCUCAAACUGAGAUAAACAUCGGCUCCCCAUCCCCAGAGGCUCUGCACCGCAAUGCCUCCCCCAAAAUACUCUGCGUAUGCCCUUCCAAGCGGCAGUCCAUAGCCCAGUCCUGCAAGACUAUGUGCUCCAUCGCCUCCAGCCCCCGAGAAAGCCCCCAGUGCAUCCAUACCAUUUCCCGAGUGGUUACCACCAGAAAGUGUCGACGAUGCUUGUGAGUCGUUGAACGUCGUAAAGCUAUAGUCCCAUAUGUGAGCCAUGUUUUCGGGCGAUAUGCCACCACCGCGGUCGCGAAUUCGAAUCGUUACGCCAGGCGUGCUGUGUUUGAGGGGGAGGAUGUUGGAAGCAGUCGGAGGAGAGGUAGUCGACUUGUUGCCUGUAAAGCGCUGCGAAGCUACAUCUGUGUUACCCUGGUCGUCAUUCUCCACCUUCUCGUUGCGUAUGUCUUCCGACUCUGUGCUCUUUGUGUCCUCGGGUAAAAGUUCUGGAAGCGGGGC